AAUCAGUAGGUUGUGUGUCCUUUGGCUUUUAUCAUCGCCGCCGGGACACAAAAGAGAGAAAGGGGCUUAGAUUUGUGCUUUCGAGAAGUGCUUUGAUCUCUCUUCUCCACUCACUUCUAAUCGGAGAUUUCUGUUAGGGUUUCGAGAUCGAAGAAGAUUUUUGUUAAAGAAAGAAACUUGUGAAGAAAUCUCUAGGGAUCGUAAGCGUGUUGGUGUGGGGUAUUACACUGAUUGCGGUUUCUUCGUGAAUCGUCUCUGUCAAUCGAUGGCAUCAGAGGAUGUGAAAAGAACUGAAUCAGCAGCUGUUUCAACGAUCGUAAAUCUGGCGGAGGAAGCGAGGGAAGGAGUCAAAGCUCCGAGUUAUGCUUUUAAAAGCAUCUGCAAGUCUCUUUUUGCCGGUGGUGUCGCUGGUGGAGUGUGAGUCCUUUUUCUCAUUCCUUCACUGUUUUAUAAUUUUGAUGAAUUUUGGGAUUAAUAACGAAACAUCUCCUGAAAUGUUUAGUGGGACUGACUAUACAAUUGUUCGACAACGUCAAAUUAGAAUUGAGAACUCAUAGAGUUUUGUCCAUUUUUUCAGUGUUAUUGUUUGUUUCGUCCUAGGUUUAAAAAUCACAACUUUAUUGAUAUUGAUCUGGUUGCUGAAUGCUGACGAUUAAUGUAGUACUUCAAGUCAGUUACUUUUUUUUUUUUUUCCGUUGAGAUCGAAAUUCGUGUUGAAGCAGUCAAAUAUAGAUACGGGCUUAUGUCCAAAGGAUAAGAGGAGCAGAAAAAAGCCGUCUUUACUCGAUUUAGGUGGAGUCCUGUGAUUACCAUGUCACGAACUGCUGUUGCACCUUUGGAAAGGAUGAAGAUUUUACUUCAGGUCCAAAAUCCGCAUAGUAUAAAGUACAGUGGCACAGUCCAAGGGCUGAAGUAUAUUUGGAGGACCGAGGGCCUUCGUGGACUGUUCAAAGGAAAUGGCACCAACUGUGCUCGUAUUGUUCCAAAUUCGGCUGUGAAAUUUUUCAGCUAUGAGCAAGCUUCAAAGGGCAUUCUGUACAUGUAUCGUCAGCGGACGGGAAAUGAAAAUGCCCAACUUACUCCUCUUUUACGGCUUGGAGCUGGUGCAACCGCUGGGAUAAUAGCCAUGUCUGCAACGUACCCGAUGGAUAUGGUUCGUGGAAGGCUAACUGUCCAGACCGCAAAUUCUCCUUAUCAAUAUAGAGGAAUUGCCCAUGCUUUGUCAACUGUCCUGCGAGAGGAAGGUCCACGGGCCUUGUACCGUGGUUGGCUUCCAUCAGUAAUUGGCGUUGUUCCAUAUGUGGGCUUGAACUUUGCGGUCUAUGAGACUCUAAAGGACUGGCUACUUAAAGACAACCCAUUCGGUCUUGUACAAAACAAUGACCUGACCAUUGUAACGAGGCUCACUUGUGGUGCAAUAGCUGGAACAGUUGGUCAAUCAAUUGCUUAUCCACUGGAUGUGAUUCGUAGGAGAAUGCAAAUGGUCGGGUGGAAAGAUGCUUCCGCUGUUGUUACAGGCGAAGGGAGAAGCAAAGCUUUGCUUGAAUACACUGGUAUGAUGGAUGCAUUUAGAAAAACAGUUCGUCAUGAAGGCUUCGGAGCAUUGUACAAGGGUUUGGUCCCCAAUUCAGUGAAGGUUGUACCAUCCAUUGCGAUUGCAUUUGUGACAUAUGAGAUGGUGAAAGAAGUUUUAGGAGUGGAGUUUAGGAUAUCAGACUGAGUCACAUUUGAUAUCUCAAUACGUUUCGCCGACAAGAAAACGCACUUCUAUUUUUGUAGCCAGAGGAGACAGAAGAGAAGUUCAACAAAUUUAGGGGGCUUUAUUUAUCUCCUUUCAACAUCCGGUGGGAAGGAUAAAAGGCUAUAGGGCUUAGCCAAACUCUUUUUUUUUUUUUUUUUCUCUUCUACUUAUAGAUGAUUGGGUUUAUGCUUUUAUGCUGAAUCAAAUAAGUCAGUGGCCAACUACAUUUGGUACUGCAGUUUGUGCUACAACAUGUUUGGGCUGCUCUUUUCUCAUUCAAUUAUUUACACUGUUGUUAUGACUCUUA